UCGCGGCCUCCACCUGGACCUUGCCCCAAGUGCAAUGAGCUGCACUGGCUCCGUGAGUGCACUCAAGCGACCGCCGAGGAGAAGGAGGAGUUGUUCCUGUUCCGACGCCUGCUCGACGCCAAGAAGUCGAAGAAGGCGCGCGUCAAGCGCCUCGGUGAGAUGCUUCCGCCCACGGACCGCAAGGUGACGCUGAACGGAGUGUUUGAGCUUCCGUACUGCCCGGAUAGUGGGUCCGACUUUACCAUCAUUGGUCGGUCUCACUGGCAGCAGCUCUGUGCCAUCGAUGCCACCCUGGAAGCAGAGAGGCUGGCCACCUCCGUGCGCAGCCAGGUCUUUGGAUCGACGUGGGUGACGGCCGAAUGGAAGGUCAAGCUUCACGUCUUGAUCCACACCGCAGCGGGUCCGGUGGAGCCGAUGGAUGCUCUGGAUGUUCUCAUCGCAGAUGUGGACGACGAGGAUUUCAUAGUGGGCAAUGACCUGCUAACUACACUCGGC